UAUUUAGGUAGUCAACGCUAAAGGUUACCUAACGCUUCCUCACGAUGUUGUGAAUUUCUUUUGCAAUGCCAAUAUUAUUAUAUAGUAAGGAGCAUUUAUUGAAAGAUAAAAAAGAACAAAAACUGUUAUCAGUCUUGAAGUCAUCAAACCUAUCUAUAAAAUUGGAGUUUAGAUGGGCGCCAUCACAGACAAAUAACUCCCGUUGUGAUAAAUUUAAAAGCGAUAAAGCGAGUAACUGUAUCUGUCGUUGCUAUUCAGUGAUAUUAUCUAACCGCCGUAUGUUUCGCAUUACAAUCCUUUUCGAAGAAAUAUUUAUUAAGAUGAAAUUUAGGGAGAUUUCGUAAGAACUAAUUGAGAAAUGAUUUUCGAAAUUUUGAAUGGAUGUAAGAAACAAUUAAAACGAAUUUUUAUUUUAUUUUAAUGAAAACAAAUGAAUAAUUUAUUCCUGAUUCAGUUUAGUUUGUAUCGUAAUUUAUUUAUGUAAAAAAUAAAAAUUUAACGAUGGAUAAAAAUAACAUUUUGAUUAAAAUGCUUAGAAAAUUGAGAAAACUCUCAAUAAUGAAGUUGGCAUUCUUUGGAUUAUUAAUUUUGUGUUUACUAGUUGUGAUUUCCUUUUUAAGAAAUUCAGAUAAUCAGUCGACUCAGAGUGGGACGACACGGAAUGCCGACUUAAUGUACGUAAAGAUAGCUCCACCAGUGUUUUCUGAAGAUAUGCUGGAUUCCAAUUUCGAGUCUUGCUUUUUCUCCAAUUCUUUAAAUUUUUCUUAUUCAAAUGAGUCAACUUUGACUCAUGGAGAAGACAGUAAGAGUGGAAAACAUCCUUUGAUAAACACACUUUUAGAGUUUUCUGAGAUUUCUCAACAGUUAGGGGUAGAAACUGUUCUUAUUGAACCUUCACUUCUGUUUUGUAUUUUAUCACCCUCACUUCAGAGUCUUCUUUUGAGAAGGAAUUUCACUCUAUCAAAUGAAUCAUCUGAGCAUGUAUUGACAAUGGGAAUUUUUCAGAAGGAUGCUGUUAUUCUAGAAAAGAAAGCUGUGCAAAAUCAAUUAGCGGAAAUUGGGUUUCACAUAGAAAUUGUUGAAUCUCCAAUUUUAAGCUGGAUGAAACUUCAGGGAUUUCUAAACAGCAGUAUGUUCACGAGUCACGUCUUCUUACAGAAAGAUAAGUGGGUUUUACACUUGGUUGUGUUCCAUAAAAGAGAGAGCUUCUUAUGGCAUGCUGCUUUGUCACCCCAAGCCGAUUUUAGAACGCCAACCGAAGAAACUCUUUUAUUCGUGGAGGCUGAUGCUGCAUUUGAAAACUUCACUGCCGUUUCACUUGGUUUUAAAGUUCCACAUUUGAAGAACGUAAACAUUCCAACGAAUCCAGCCACCUUCCUACAUCAAAUUGAAACAUCAAGGUUUCUGGAAUGCAAUGAAACAAUAGUUAAUUCAUACGGGAAACAGCCCAUUUCUGCUCAUCCGAGUCAGCAUCAGUAUCCUAACUUUUCACCGCAUGAAUUUAACCAACGCCUCAUAAUUGCUAUCGAAGAGUUGAAGAUAAAUCUCGAUCCAUUGCUCAUUCGGUUUUGGUUAUUUUCAGGUACUUUAUUGGGUUGGCAUCGCCAAUGUGAUGUUAUACCCUACACAUCGGAUGCGGACUUUGCCACUUGGGCGAUCUAUGGUGAAGAAAUAGAUAAGUUGAUGAAUGAUUUUAAGCAAAAUGAUCAUUUGACUGCAAUAGAGAAAUUAGGCAUAAUUGACGUUGGAUUGGAGUAUAAAUUUAGAUGCCAUGGACUAGGGGUUGAUUUAUUCUUCAUUUAUGAAGAGGAAAAUGGUACAUGGUGUGGAAGUCAUGGCAGCAAAGAAAGUGGUUACUACAUGAAAUACUAUUAUCCGGAUUAUAGUUUAUGUUCUGCUGAGCUUUUGGGACAAAAAAUAAACCUACCAUGUGAACCAGAAAGCGUAAUUUUAGCUGAUUAUGGUACGGAUUGGAUACAACCCGUUUCAAGUUGGAGUUAUGAACGUUCACCAAAGAACAGAGGCCCAAAUAUUUUUUGGGAGAAGAGUUUGUUAAGCAAAGUAUAUAAACAUUAUUAAAAAUGUGAUUAUUGAUAGUGAGAUGCUUAUGUAAUUUUGGACUAUAGUAAUUUAUAUUUUUUCUGAAUUAUUUUCUUUUAAAA